UCAAUUAGUUGCAUCAACUUACUCUUGGACCAUAAAAUCAGCGCAUCUUUUCCUUUUUGCAUGCUUACAUGUAUACUAGAAAAGAAGUCAUGGCUGAAGAAAACAUUCUUAAUUCUCAGGAAAUAUUGGGUAUAUUUUUCUAAUAAUACUGGGAAAGUUAUUGCCAAGGCAAAAAGAAGCGGCAAAUAG